UUCAAUACAUAGGGUUCUGUUAAUUCAGAUUCUUAUUUAACUUAUAACAUUUAGUUGCCAUUGAAGGUUAUUGUUGGCUAUUAAGGUAGAGUUCCAUCAACAAUAUCAGAAUGCAUACACUGGUCCAUACUGGAUUAAGAAUUGGCGUUCAAGUAACAAGUUGUAAAUCUCUGGAAUUAGCUUGUCAACGUUUCCAAAUGCAUCCGGAGACAAGCACGCCGAUUAAACAAACGACUUACUUCUCAUAUGCCUAGCUAGACUAUAAAAAGCAAAGUCGAUAAGAAGCUUCACUAUAAGUUACUGUAAUUAUAUCUCUAUCAUACCAGGUUACGGCAAAUAACAGAGAAUGUACAUGCGAUGAUGUGAACUGAGGGGAUGACUACACUUUGACAUGUGGAUUGAAACUGACAUAUACAUCCUGCUUCUGGUUGUCAUAGAAACAUUGGCUAUUUACGCCAAAGAUCUAGAUGCAAGGGGAGGAGAUCGAAAUGUAACUGUAAAGAGGAGGAAGGGUUCCCGAGGCCGUAGGCCUAAGCCUAAUUGGCUUGGAGAAAGGACGAUAAAGAUUCGAGGAAAGGACAUUAAGUAUGACAAAAGGGACUCCCCACAUGGGUCUGAUCCAACAGAAGUCAAAAUAGGAAUAUAUAUAAACACAUUUUAUUCAAUCAGUGAGCAAACAAUGGAUUAUUCGGUGAACAUAUACUUUCGUCAAACAUGGUAUGAGCCACGAUUAGCUAAAAAGGACAAAAGGAAAAAGGGUGAAUCGGGUAUGAUAAAACUGGCUGAUGGGAUGUGGAGUCAGCUUUGGGUACCUGACACCACAUUUAGAAAUGAAAAGAAAGCAGCAUUUCAUGACGUCACAAUACCCAAUCGUUUAAUGAGAUUAUAUGACGAUGGCAAAAUAUGGUAUGCAAUGAAAUUGACUGUUACAUUGUCGUGUCCGAUGAACCUGGCAAAAUAUCCCAUGGACACACAGUUCUGUCCCAUCAUGAUAGAGAGUUUUGGUUACACCAAGAGCACACUUUACUUUAAUUGGUGGGAUACCCCUGUAGCAACCGAGGAUCAUCUGGAGAUGCCACAGUUUCGUCUCAUCAAAUCCCAUCUCAUUGACUGCUCACAAAACUAUAGCACGGGUGCUUAUCCUUGUCUCCAGAUCAACUUCGAACUGAAGCGGGACUUGGGCUACUACAUAAUUCAGAUUUAUAUGCCCAGUUGGCUCAUUGUAAUUCUCUCCUGGGUUGGAUUCUGGAUUAAUGUUGAUGCUGUACCAGCCAGAGUCACUAUAGGUUUGUUGACUGUAUUAACAACAACCACACAAAGUUCAGGAGCCAGAUCCUCUUUGCCUCGUGUCUCCUACAUCAAGGCAAUAGAUGUAUGGAUGAGCGUAUGCCUCAUCUUUGUAUUCUCAUCUCUAUUGGAAUAUGCAGUGGUGAAUGUUAUGUCCCGGAAGCAGACACAGAGUACAAGCUUCAACAUGAACAUGAGGAUGAGGAGAAAACAACUUGCCGGAAUGAUUGGUAGCAGAAAGGCCGACAAUAUGGGAUCUGGUGAUGAAUCCUCGGGAAAUAGUACAAAACAAAUGAAAGCGACAAUGCCCGAUUGGGACGGUAAAAGAAAAGCACGAAUGAUAGAUAAACGUUCAAGAAAAAUAUUUCCAUGUAGUUUUCUGCUGUUUAAUAUUGUAUAUUGGGUUGUAUAUGGAGCUAUUAUGAAAGAUACACCUCCAGUUAUGGGGGGAUAGCGUAUUCGUGGUCACUUCUAAACCAGACAAUGCCUCUUGUAAUCCACCGCAAUAAGGCACGGCCGAUGGAAGUCAUGGACUAACGUCAUUCAACAAAAACAUGGUUCCCUUUGCUUGUUCCAAGCUUCAUCAAGAUUUGAAAUAACCCUUGGUGAUUAUGAACUACCCCACAUUAUCUCAAAUUUAAACUUCCAUCUUGUAGACCAUGGCUUAAAAUAUAUAAAUCUGUCGUAGUCGGAAUUUAUUUGAUUUUUGAAAGCCUUUGAAAAUAAAAUAAACCCGACUACUUGUAUUAUAGCAGUAAGUAAUGGAUUUCAAUGUAUUGGAACUGAUCUCAGUACGUGCCCCAACCACUUGUUCUGUGCAUCAGUCAACAAAAUAUAACCAGUCAAAGGACCAUGGUGCAAUAUUACAUGGAAAAAGCAUUCAAAUUUUAAUCUCAAAACUUUUUUAUAUCUUGGAUUUUGAUGCUUUCCUGCUUCCUUUUUUAUUUUCGAAAAUUCCCUAAAUCACAGGAGGCCACGAUGUUUACAGCAAAUGAAAAUAAUAUGAAAAAUAAGCAUGUAUUUUUGUUUAUGAUAUUGCACGGUUGUGGUCCUUCGAUUAGUUAAUUUUUAAGUUUGAUUGACAUACAGAAAAGGUGAUUUGGACUACAAGCGUCCUAAUUAUAUGGUUUCGUAUGAUGUAAAUAUAUAAUUGUGCGAGCAUUUGUAAGUUUUGUACAUAACUGCAUUUACUGGCCUGUCACAACAACAAUCAACACUGUAGAUUAUAGAAUGCUGCUUAAAUGAUCAUCAUUUCUAAGCAAUUGUUCAACCUACAUCUGUAUAUACCCGAGGAUUUCAUUCCAACGCCAAUCACAACUCUGAGAAGUCCAAUUCGCCAUUUACAAAAUACUAGCACAAAUGCACGAACUUGCCGCCGCAUACUAUUACUGCUUCUAGUAUUUGAAUAUUCAUAUUCUAAGAGUCAAAAAUCAACUGAAUACAUACUGUUUUAUAUGUUGGAUAGUUUUGUUUCAUGUGUUCAUAGCAAUUGUGGAUUGAAAAAUUAUGCAAUAAAAA